AUGGAGCCAGGAGGGCCUCGACGCUCCGUCGAACAGUUUGAAAUCAUCGAGCACCAGGUGACCGAGGAAAGAAGACCUGCAGAUUACGGCCAACAAAUUGAAUAUUCCCCACAGAGGCAUCAAUUUUCCUCCUCUUCCGCGGUUAAUAAUUACGGAUACGAUAUUCAUGAAGUUCAUACUUCCGAAGGUGGUGCUCGGAUCGUGGAAACCCACGGAGGUGGUCCACUGGCUAACGAAACCCCAACAAGCAGACCCGGAAUUUCUUCGGCAUUAAGGUCUGGGUCAUCAUUGCGAUCGAGUGGUGGCGUUUUUACCGUUCCGUCACCUCCGCUAGCAAAAGCCGAAUCAUGGCGGCAUGACUCGAGCACGGAUCAUGACGAUACAGAGACUGUACUUGAUGCAGGGCCACAUAGAUCCUUUGUCCGAAAAGACAGCUACAAACGUAUGCAACAGACGCAAGACCACCAAGCCGCCAAUACCGUAAUUGCCCCCAUUGAAAGCAGUCGGGUAUAUCAGCCUCGCUCCCAAUCAACCCUUGUCUCAAAUUCCCCAAGAGGCAAAAGACAAACUAGAGGAGAGAGCUGCUGGUCCCGAACAAAAAGCUUCAUCGAUAAUCUACGAUGGGCAUUCAAGCAAGCGGACAAAGACAACCGAUUCUGGGCAAACAUUUUCUGCAUCUUGCUUAUGCUGCUGCUAGUAUUGUUGCUUUUUGGAAUCAUGAUUGCCGCACUUUUCAGAAGAUAUUCGGUUCGAGAAUUCCUACUCUAUCCUCCGGUUUGCGAAGAAUGUCGUCGAAAAAAUCCAGGCUUGGUCUCGGCCCAAAUGCCUUCUUCCGUAUUUGUGCAUCAUUAUUCCUCCGAACAGGCUCAUUUUGAGUUACGAGGGAAUCUUCCAUUCCGAAGCAAUUCAUUUACGGCGGUGGAUUUCCAUACGGGCUACGUUGCCAUUGCCGAUCAUGCUUUGACAGAUUCUAAUGGACGGCAUACCACUUGCUUUUUGAUGCCACUGGAUAGCAAUGCCAUUCCGAGCAUGGAUUCACUAAUGGAAGCGCUGGACCAAUCCGAUUAUGAGAUCCAAUCGAAUUUUGGUUGGCAAGAGUACUGGCAAUUCGAGCCUGAAGAAAUCGACUAUUCGUCUGUCCGAAUGAAAUUUAGUGAACAGGUCAAGGAUUGUGAAAAUGCCAAGUGGUACCUUCUGAAGCAGACUGUCCAUCCCAGAGAUGGUUCAUGCUCGGAUUGCUAUGAUUUCUGUCUUCCUGAUUAUGCUGUUGUGCGGAAGAUUAAGUAUGAGGAUGAAUCAGCUCUCGGUAUCCGGAGAUUGAACUGUUUCCGGUUGUAUGUACCGGAAUGGGGUAGCCAUUCACCACAGAGCGAUCAAUGGGGUGGCCACUGGCAAUAUCCACUUCAUUCCGUCAACACCAGAAGAGACUCCGAUUUUGAAUGGCAAAACUGGUCUCCAGUCGGGAAUCAUCGAAUGACACAAGUUCGUGCUCGUCAAGAUGGACAACCCUUCGGACAACAACAACAAAACAACAAUUUC